CAGACAUUCGUCGGAUGAAGCGAACGCUGUUUAAUUUAAUUUCGAAAUUUGCGACAAAGAAGGAAACAGUAUUCUAAUGGUUGACCAUUCCUCAAUGUUGAGGCAACGAUGCGGAAUUUUGCCUCAAAACUACGUCAUUUCAUUGCACUUCACCCUGAAUCUGCUUCUUCCAUUUAUUAUCAUUUUGUUAUUUCUUUGGAAAACUGAAUCUGCUUUUUCCCUCUCUAUCUGCAAAAUUCUCUGGUUGUUGUUUCACAUAUAAUUGCUUCGGACUGAUUUUGAAACUCUGGUUCUUUCUUUCAUUUUGAUUCCUUGUUAUUGGAUACAUGUCUUUGAUUUACAUUCUCGCCAUUGCUAUAUACACAUACAUUUUUCCUUUAGUUUGAAAUGGAUCUGGUUUUGGGUAAUUGAGUGGAGAUUUCUUCAAUCGUUGGGUUUUCAGUGAGAUCUGCUGCUUUGUUUGCUCUCUUUUCCUUUUCUCUGGGUGGGAAUUUGGGGCUCUGAUCUGGAGGCAUCAAUUUCGAGUUGUCGAUCAAUCAGUGGUUUGAAUUGAUGUGCAAUGCGGUGGCGUAUCGGAGCUCUUCUGCGUGAUAGAAGAACUGUUGAACUGCCUAUUAGUGGAAGGAAUCACUUGUAUAGAGUUUCUCUGUCUUUGGCUUUUAUUCUGUGGGGAUUUACCUUCCUCUUUAGCUUAUUGUUCAGCCGUGGGGAUGGCUGCCAAGAAGGAUCUGUUGUACUACCUGCUGGUGUAUCUACAUCAAAUGAAUCUAAAUUGGAAAAUAACGAGGACUCUGAUCUUUUACAUGUUCCUCCAAAGGGGGAAAACGAUUGUCCCAGCCAUCUAAAGGAUUCGUGCUCAAUUGAUGCUACAAGCCAUGGUUCUAACAAUGAAGAACUUUCACGUGAAGAAAGUAGUAGUCAUAUACGAACUGCUACAGAGUUUCCUGAAGCUGGGAGCUCUAGCACUGGAGUGAAAUCGGAAAGCAAACCUCUGAAGGAAGGUAUCUCGUCCGAUACCGUUCUGUUGGGCCUUGAGGAAUUCAAAAGCAGAGCCUUCAUAUCCAGAAGUAAGUCUGAAACUGGGCAGACUGGGAAUAGUAUCCAUAGAGUAGAGCCUGGUGGUGCAAAGUACAAUUACGCUUCAGCUUCAAAGGGAGCAAAGGUAUUGGCUUUCAACAAGGAAGCAAAGGGAGCUUCUAAUAUUUUAGGGAGGGACAAAGAUAAAUACCUCAGAAACCCAUGUUCUGCUGAAGAGAAAUUUGUUCUCAUAGAACUGUCAGAAGAAACCUUAGUAGUUACAAUUGAAAUUGCUAAUUUCGAGCUCCAUUCCUCUAACUUAAAAGAAUUUGAGCUACAUGGAAGUUUGGUUUAUCCAACGGAUGUUUGGUUCAAGCUUGGGAAUUUCACUGCUCCAAAUGCAAAGCAGGCACACAAGUUCGUUCUCAAGGACCCAAAAUGGGUGAGAUAUUUAAAGUUGAACCUUCUUACUCAUUAUGGUUCAGAAUUCUAUUGCACGCUCAGCAGGGUUGAAGUUUAUGGAAUGGAUGCAGUUGAGAUGAUGCUGGAGGAUUUAAUAGCUCAACAUAAACCUUCUGUUAUAUCAGAUGAAGCUACUAAUGAUAAGAGAGCAAUUCCCUCCCAGUCCGGAUCCAAUGAUGAAAGACAACAUGGUAGAGAGUUGCAAUCUCUAGCCACUGAUGAAAGUGAUGAUGAUGUGAUUUUAGAACCUUCACAUAGUAAUAUAAUCGAUCCAGUCGAAGAACAGCACCAUCAACAACCUGGCAGAAUGCCUGGUGACACUGUUCUCAAAAUUCUGACUCAGAAAGUUCGUUCAUUAGACCUAAGUUUAUCUGUUUUGGAGCGGUAUCUGGAGGAAUUGACUUCCAAAUAUGGCAAUAUACUCGAAGGAUUAGACGAAGAUAUAGGAAAUAAUCAUCUACUCAUUGUGAAGACCCGAGAGGAUAUAAGAAAUAUUCUUAAAAUCCAGGACAGCGCAGAUAAAGAUGUUCGUGAUCUCAUUUCUUGGAAGUCCAUCGCUUCCAUGCAGUUGGAUGGUCUGCAAAGGCAUAACGCUGUUCUCAGAUCUGAGAUUGAAAGGGUUCAGAAGAAUCAGAGUUGUCUGGAAAACAAAGGAAUAGUUGUUUUUGUUGCGUGCCUCAUAUUUACAUCAUUUGCUACAGUUAGGCUAUGUUUACAGAUUGUUCUUAGUGUAUAUGAGAGAACAAAUAAUUGCAGGAAAUUUUGUUGCGUAAGCCCUUCCUGGUAUCUAUUACUCUUCAGCUGCUGUAUUAUUGUUUUCAUAGAGUCGCUUUAAUAAUCAUCAAUGACGAUCCUCAUCCCAGAUAUAUAUUUAGUUUAAAUAAAUGAGGUGUUGUGUUCA